AUGCCGUCUGAGUGCCACGGCGGCCCUUCGGGGUCCCCUUCUGCCUGCGGCGCUGCUGCUGCAGCAGCAGCAGGAGAAAGCGAAGAGGAGCUUUUCUGGCAGCAAAAAGACACGCAGUACUUUUCCAAGGUACACCCGCAGCUGCUGCAGCUGCUGCAGCAGCACCAGCAGCAAAGCAGUCAGUUCAUUGAGUUCGCCGUGCCUCUGCUGACAGAAAGAAGCAAACGCUACCAGCAGCAGCAGCGGCUGCUGCAGCAGCAGCAGCAACUGUUGCAGCAGCAGCAGGCGCAGCAGCAGGGGCAGGGGGAGCAGCAGCAACAGCAAGUGCUGCAGCAGCAGCAGCUGCUGCAGCAAGCGGCAGUGCAAACAGUGUCGCUGCUGCUGUCUUCUGAAGACAUUUCAGCAGCAGUAGGAGACAGCGCACUUCCGAAGACGGAGGAGGACGAGGAGCAGCAGCUGCUGCAGCAGCUGGAGAAGCUGCAGCAAGAGCUGCAGCAGGAGCAGCAAAAGCAUCAGAAGGAGCAGCAGCUGCGGCAGCAACAGCAGCAGCAGCAGCAAGCCCGCGCAUCUUGCAGCACUGCGUAUGCCCAUGGGGCGGAGAAGCGAGAGUACACUGGUCCUCCCGCUGAUGCUGCCAGCAGCAGCAGCAGCAGCAGCAGCGACGGGCCCGAAGUUGGCGCAGCAGCAGCUGCUGAGCAGCUGCCGCGCCGCGCUGCGUCGUCUCCGCGCUGCCAGCAGCAGCAGCAGCAGCUGGGAGCUGCUGCAGGGGCGGACUCAAGUCCCCGGAGAAGCUGCAGGCCCGGCAGCAGCGGGCCCGCCGCCCCCAGCAGCAGCAGCAGCAGCAGCAGCAGCAGCAGCAGCAGCUUGGUGUGCGCGGAGUCGAGCGUGUUCUCGUGGCUGCCUGUGUCGCGCAGCCCGAGCCUGCAGCAGCUGCUGCACCACCAGCAGCUGCUGCUGCAUGCGCCUUACCAAACAAGAGACACGGGAAUUGCUUAUAGGGAAAAGGAGACAGCAGCAAACUCUUUAAUUGAUUUAAUUGUCAAGAAAAAGCCAGCAGCAACUCAGCGGCUGCAGCGGCGGCACGCGGGCGGCGGCCGCAGCUGCAGCAGCAGCAGCAGCGCCGCGCAGCAGCGCGCCAGCAGCAGCAACGCCAAACCCGACCCCGCAACAGCAGCAGCAGCAGCAGCAGCAGCAGAAGAUGACGCUGCAUGCGAAGCUGUCUUCGACCCUCUUGUUAACAAAAAGUGGCAGGGGCAGCUGCUGCCUCAGGUGUACGUACACCCCCCCCCAGACGGCGCCGUGCUCUCGCUGCUGCUGCCUCCAGCUGUCACUGCAGCAGACUUUCCUGCUGCUCUCAACGACUGCAGCAGCGUGGACGAGCUCCUGGCUCUUCAGAAGCAGCAGCAGCAGCAGCAGCAGGAGGGGGAGCUGCUGCUGCUGCAGCGGUGUCAGUUCUGCAACGUGAAAGUCUGCAGAAACUGCUGGGGGACUGUCGAGAGACAACCUGCUGCUGUCUCCUUUUUGAGCGAAGCAGCAGCAAGAGCAGUUCGGCUGCAGCGCCGCAGGGCCUGGAGAGACGGCAGCAGCAAACCCCCAGCAGCAGCAGCAGCAGCAGCAGCAGGUCCGGGGCCCGCAGCAGCAGCAGCAGGCUUGGGGGCCGCAGCAGCCGCGGCGGCCGCGGACGACCCCAGCAGCGUGGGCAGCGACGAAGCAGCAGCAGCAGCAGCAGCAGCAGAAGCCUGGGUUUGCCCCCGCUGCGCUUGUCUCCUUUCGGGGGAGUUGAGUUCAUUUGCUGCUGCUCGGUGUCUCCUCUGCAGCAGAAUUGAUGGCUUGCUGCUCAAGAGGGUGGACCAGAAGCCUGCAGGGAGCAGCCGCAGCGCGCACCCCACAGACCCCAGCAGCAGCAGCUGCGCGCAGUGGGUGCACUGCGUCUGCGCCGAGGGUUUAGUGCCUCCCCGAUUUGCUGCUCUUCCCACGGAGUCUCUCCGCAGCAUUGCCAGGACUGCCUUCGACAAACCCUGCUGCUACUGCGGCCUAAAACAAGGAGCGACAACGAGCUGCAGCAGCAACGGCAACGGUAACCGCUGCGCUUACGUGUUCCACGUGUCUUGUGCGCGGGCGCUGGGCUGCCGCCUCGAGGGCCACCACGGCAGCAGCCACAAGCUGCAGUGUCUGUACCACUCGCUGCUGAGUGCGGGGCGGCCAGCAGCAGCAGCACACAAGCAAGCAGCAGCAGCACACAAGCAGCCAGCAGCAGCAGCAGCAGCACACAAACCAGCAGCAGCAGCAGCAGCAAGAGCCACCGACAAUAGACUCCCCCUCACCAGGGGCCCUCCCCCUCCCCCUCGCGAGCUCGAUGCGCUGCACCAUUUAGCUGCCAACCCCAUCGAAUAUUUGCAGCCGAAGCCGUCGCGUGCUCCUGCUGCUGCUGCUGCUGCAGCAACAACAGCAACAGCAGCAGCAGGGGGUUGUGAGGAGAAGGCGGAAGAGAGCAGCAAAGGCGUGGGGGGCGCGGCCGACCCCGCAGGCAGCAACGGCGCCGCUGCAGCCCCAGACAGCAGCAGCGGCAGCAGCAGCAGCAGCAGCAGCAGCAGCAGCAAUAUGUGCGCAAGUGACCCCGAGAGCGACGGGGGCGAAGGCAGCCGCACGCCAGCGCCCCCCUCUCCCAUGCAUUUGGCGGAGCAGCAGGAGCUGCUGCAGCUGUCGCGAGUGGUGGCAACAGAAGCAGUGCGGCGGCGCGAGAGGCGCAGCAGCAGCAGCAGCAGCAGCGGCUUUGCUGCUGCAGCAGACCUGCCCCCCCCAGCGACCUGCAGCAGCAGCAGCAGCAGCAGCGAGCAGCACAAGCGGCCCUGGGAAGCUGCUGCUGAAGACGCCGAGGCAGCAAACCAAAGCAAGCGGAGGCGGGAGGCCGACGCGACGCCGCCCUCCUCCCCCACAGCAGCAGCAGCAGCAGCAGCAGCAGCAGCAGGGUGGCCGCCAAUGCCUUUGCCUCCGCCCCCCAAGGUUGCUGCUUCUGCAGCGAUGUUAUCCGCCCAGUGGUACGGAGGGUCCUGCACGGGUCUGUACUUGGGGGGACCCCAGGGGCCACCGGGGGCCCCCUUGGGGGCCCCGGGCGGCAGCCAGCAGAGGGCUGGGGGCCCCCUUGGGGGCCUCCAGGGCCCCCACUCGGGGGGCCCCCUUGGAGGCCCCCACGGGGGCCCCCAGGGGGGGCCCCCAGAGGCCGGGGGGGCCCCCGGGGGCCCCGGAGAGGGGGGCCCCCUACAAGGGGACAAUGAACCCAAGCCGGUCUUUUGCCCUAUUUGUAAUGGACUUUAUAAAGAACUUCCUGGGGGGGGCCCCGGAGAUGGUUUACACUGGAUUGGCUGCGAUUGCUGCCUGCAGUGGUACCACUGGCUGUGUUCUGGCUACACCGACGAGCACCCGCCUCCAGCUGACGAAGAUUGGUUUUGUUACUUUUGUGCCACGCGAAUAAGAGCUUCUUUGGAGCGAAAAAACAAAGAAAAAACAGCAACAAAGCACCAGCAGCAGCAGCAGCAGCAGCAGGCCAGAAAGGGCAGCGGCUUGGGCAGCAACGCUGCAGCAGCAGCAGCAGCAGCAGCAAAAGUAGCAGCAGCAGCAGCAGCAGCACGAUUGUUUCCGACUGGUGCGCGGCAGCAAAAUUUAUCGGCGGCGCAGCAGCAGCUGUCUUCAUUUUGA